UUGUUCAAACAAAAGCCCCAUUGUGCAUCCAAGUUGCUCCCGUUCAUCGGGCAUUUCUAUGGCAAUUCACACUCUCCUUGCAAACGCUGGACCGCAAUCACUGAAACAGGCUACACAGACACGACCGAGAUGGAAGCCAUUUAUAAGGAAGCCGAGGAAGUUUCGGUGGAAUAUUAACGAGGAGCGUUUACAUAAGAACCACCUCUGCGUCAAGCUGCCUUCAGAGAUCAGCGAGGGACGGUCUUGGAAGUCCAUCAAACAAUUUGCUUACAAAAACUGUACAACUGCAAAACUUUUUUUGGAAACGCCAUCAUGGGGAAGAAAUUGUGUGGAACGAAUUACCCACUCAGCAUCGCGUUCAUAGUCGUGAAUGAGUUCUGUGAACGAUUCUCCUACUAUGGCAUGAGAGCGGUUCUGACACUCUAUUUUGUCAAUUACCUGCACUGGGACAGGGACCUGUCCACCGCCAUCUACCAUGCCUUCACCAGCCUCUGCUACUUCACGCCUGUACUGGGGGCCCUCAUAGCCGACUCCUGGCUGGGUAAAUUCAAGACUAUCAUCUACCUGUCCAUCGUGUACGUCAUCGGCCAUGUGGUCAAGUCUGUCGGGGCGAUUCCCACCGUGGGGGACACCUCGAUGCACAUUGCGCUGUCCAUGGUGGGCCUGAUCCUCAUAGCGUUCGGGACGGGGGGCAUCAAGCCCUGCGUGGCAGCGUUUGGGGGGGACCAGUUUGAGCCGGAGCAGGUGGUCGAGACGAGGAAAUUCUUCUCCAUCUUCUACAUGGCGAUCAAUGCUGGGAGCGUCCUGUCCAUGAUCGUGACCCCUAUUCUCAGAGGUGAUGUCAAAUGUUUCGGGGAUGACUGCUACGCGCUUGCCUUCGGCGUUCCUGCAGUGUUGAUGGUCGCGGCUUUGGUGGUGUUCAUCUCUGGCAGCGGCAUGUACAAGAAAGUUCCUCCAGAGGGAAAUAUAUUAAUGGAUGUCUGCAAGUGCAUCGGGUUUGCUAUCAAAAAUCGCUUCAGAAGCUCCAAGCAUGAUGUCAAGAGGAAACACUGGCUGGACUGGGCUGAGGAGAAGUACUCAAAGCGACUGAUUCAGGAGAUCAAGAUGGUGCUCAGGGUUCUGACGCUCUACCUCCCCCUGCCCAUGUUCUGGGCCCUGUUUGAUCAGCAGGGAUCCCGCUGGACUCUACAGGCCACCAGGAUGAACAUGGCGAUGGGUGAAGGUUUCACUUUAAAGCCUGACCAAAUGCAGAUGCUGAACGCUCUGUUGAUUCUGAUCUUUGUGCCUAUCUUUGACUUCAUAAUAUACCCGCUGGUCGGCCUGUGCAGGGUCAACAUCACGCCCCUCAGGAAGAUGGCCUGUGGGAUGAUCUUUGCGGCGAUCGCCUUUGGUCUCGCUGCUUUUGUAGAGAUCAAUGUGGUGAAAUCAGUGGUGGAGCCUGCGGGACCAGGAGAGAGUCUUGUUCAGGUCUAUAACCUGAUGGAGGGAGAUCUCUCUCUUUCUCUACCUGUCCCCGCCUCUGACCCGCUUAAAAUGCCGAUCAGUUCAUUUCAGGACCCCCAGGAGUACAAAACGCUUCACCUGGUAGAGCACAGCAGCAACCUGACCAUACUCGUCCAUUCCCCCGGAUCGGUCCACCCCACUGAAAUCACGCAGUCGUACACGGAGCAGCGAGCCUACAGUCUCAUUCUGUACCCGGUAGCGUCGGGAAACGGAAUGGAGCAUGACCUUGUGGAGGACAAUAUUGAGAAAGAUCCCGGCGGGAAUGCCUUUUUGCGUUUCAUCAGCACGCUGCCUGAAAACACCAGCGUGUAUCUUACGGAUGUUCCCAUCAAUGUCCAGGCUAACUACAUCAUGUCUCCAAUCCAGAACUUAACAAGGAAUCGAUACCCGAGUGUCAAGUGCGAGGCGCCAACAGGGGUUUUCUCCAAUCUGGACCUGGGUCUUCUAGACUUUGGUGCCUCAUACACCUUCAUACUCAAGAAGGAAGGUGAAAACAUCGUGGCAGCCAGGUUUGAGGACGUGAUGGCCAACAAUGUUAACAUCGCCUGGCAGAUUCCCCAGUACGUCCUCAUCACCGUCGGGGAAGUCAUGUUCUCCGUCACCGGCCUGGAGUUCUCCUACUCACAGGCUCCGGCCAACAUGAAGUCAGUGUUGCAGGCCGGCUGGCUGCUCACCGUCGCCUUCGGCAACGUCAUCGUGCUGAUCGUGGCGGAGGGGGGGGGCCUUGAACAGUGGGCGGAGUUUGUGUUGUUUGCGUGUUUGCUGGUGGCGGUGUGCAUCAUCUUCUCCAUCAUGGCCUACUUCUACACCUACGUGGACCCGAGUCAGCUGGACAAACUGUACCAGCAGGAUGCUGCGAAGGGAGAGAGCGAGGACGAGCUGAAGAUGACCGAGAAGAUGACCAAACUAUAAACUCGGCCCACCGCCUUCCCACCUUCGGCCCUGUUCGGAUUGGUCCGCCGGUGCCCCUACGUAGCUCACUAUUUGGGCGAGUCGCCAUUUUGUAAUGCUGUCCGAAAUAUGAUUGGACGAAUCUGGAUCCCUUUAUAGUGCACUACUUAAUAAUGCCGUUAAUGCAACCUCCGAGAAGUUUAGACCUGCCGGUGUGCACUCAUUUCAGCACUAUCUCCCAUGAUGCAUAGCUGUUUUUAUUGUCAUCAGAUUCAUCCAAAAGAGAUGUCACAUACAUGAUAUGUAAAUUAGCUGUCACAGGGCGACAUCGCACACGUUUCAGCGACGAAUACACGUCGUCACACUAAUAGACUUCAGGUACGCAUUUAGUGUCAGACGUUCAUACUUCUUCCCUAAUUAUUGCACAUGGAUUAGAAAUUGAGGGCAGAAGGUGAGUACUGCCAAGCAAUGUCUUAAUCAACUCCCUAGUCUCUGCUUUGCCUUAAAGUGUGCCUGGGAAAGGCAAUUAUAGUAUUCUGCAAUCCCAGUUUCCGGGGAUGAUUUAUUUUGGUUUUUGUAAUUAAUUAUAUUGCAGACUUAUGUACUUUAUUUGUGACGUUUACAUGUUAAGAUGGGAUGAAUAUUUUUUGGUUUCUUGUUUAUUGUAUGACCAGUGAUGAAUCGUCAAUGCAAAUCUGCGAUUUUUACAUUUUAACACGUUUAUUUUUAUUUUUAAUGACAAGAAUAAUAUUAUUUUGGGUUUGUUGCGCCAGAAAUUAUACUUUAAAAUGUUGCACAAAACAUAGAUUUUAACUUUCUAAAAUCUCUUUUAAUGGCUCUUUAUAAUAAUAAUAAUAAUAAUGGAUUGAAUUUAUAUAGCGCUUUUCUAGACACUCAAAGACGCUUUACAGUGAAGGGGGGAACCUCACUAACCACCACCAGUGUGUAGCACCCACUUGGGUGAUGCACGGCAGCCAAUCUGCGGCAGAACAUUCACCACACACCAGCUUGAGGUGGAGAGCGAGGGAAUUAAUGAGUCAGCCAAUUAUACAGGAGGAUGGGAUCUUUUAUGACCUCAGUGAGACCGGACCUCAGUUUUACGUCUCCUCCGAAGGACUUUAACCUUGUUUCCUAUUGUCUACUUUGGUAUUAAUCAUCUUAAUUAGAGAACUAUUCACAUACUAAAGGAUUGCCUUUGACUGAACACAUAUUUUGCCUACAUUAUGGAUAAAUGAGACCUUGCUGCUUUCCAGUAUUUGAUGUUAAAUCAUUUUUAUAAGGCUCAGACACCAUUCUGUAGAAUGUCUUUUAUUUUUUUUAAGAAAACAAAUGUAUAAAAUGUAUGCAAUAAUUAACAUAAAUUUUCCAAUUAA